AUGGCUGCCGAGAUAAAACCAGCUCAGCGGACCAACAAUGAUCGCUUUAACACCUCCAAAAAGCCGGAAUUGCUGAGUAAGCUGGAGGGCAGCACCGACGAUGUGAACGCAGCGAUCCUAAUUCCGGGCGAAAACGGCGUAAUUAGCGUUUCCGAUGACAAAACCGUUCGCGUUUGGCUAAAACGCGAUUCUGGCCAAUAUUGGCCCAGCAUUUGCCAGUAUAUGCCUUCCGGGUGCACGGCCAUCGAGUACGUACCGGAAUCCCGGCACCUGUAUGUCGGCCAGGAGAACGGAACGGUCACCCAGUACGCCCUAUCCGAAGACUGCAAUCGCCUGUCCUUCCUGCGGGAUUACUUGUCCCAUCAAGCGCGGGUCACGGCCGUGGUCUUCUCGAAAACCCACAAGUGGAUACUCUCCGCCGGCAAAGAUAAGCAGUUCGCCUAUCAUUGCACGGAGAGCGGCAAACGGGUGGGCGGAUACAACUUUGAGACACCAUGCACGGCUCUCCAGUUCGACGCUUUGGCCAAGUAUGCCUUUGUGGGCGAUCAUGCUGGACAGAUAACAAUGCUAAGGUGCGAUGUUCAGGGAGUGCAACUAAUUACCACUUUCAAUGGACAUUCAGCGGAAAUCCGUUGCCUCAAAUGGGUGGAAGGCCCUCAGCUCUUGUUUAGCGGAGCGUGCGACCAGUCCGUGCUAGUUUGGGAUGUAGGUGGCAAACGUGGCACUAUUUACGAGCUGCAGGGACAUAGCAACAAAGUUUCCGCCCUGUCGUACGCGAACCACACGCAACAACUGAUAAGCUGCGGCGAAGAUUCAGUAGUGGUUUUCUGGGAAAUGAAUGCAAUGCGGAAAGAGGUUCCUGGCUGGGUGGAUACCAACAACUGUCAGCUUUGCUCCAGGCCCUUCUUCUGGAACUUCCGCUCAAUGAUGGAUCAAAAACAGCUAGGAAUACGACAGCAUCAUUGUCGCCACUGCGGCAAGGCCGUGUGCGACAACUGUUCCACCAAUCGCAUUAACAUACCCAUAAUGGGCUUCGAGUUUGAUGUGCGUACCUGUGAUCCGUGCUACAAACAACUUCAGACCGUCGAGCGCCCCUCGCUGGCUUCAUUCAAUGACGCCAAGCAUUCGAUCGUCUACAUGGACCUCGACGAGGACAGAAAGCGCCUGUUGACAGUGGGCCAGGACAGGCUCAUCAAGAUCUGGGAUCUCUCCAACAUCUGGGCAUAAAACAUCCUGUACGCACACGCACGUACCAAAGGUAUAAUCAUUCGCGAGGCGUUUCGGUCUUAGAGGAAACACCCAAUUAACGAACGAUGUGGCUGGCAACGAAAAAAUCCAGUCCCUGCUGCUAGGUUCUCAUAUAAUUGAUGUAAAGCAAUAAUCAUUGUAUGUACGUAUGCUUACAUUAAACACAUAAAUACACGAAUCCAUCGAUUAA